ACGGCGGCUCCCGCCGCGCUGGGACGGGGGCUGCGGUCACCCCGUCACCGCGGGACACCUCCGGAGAAGGGGGGCGUCCCCUCCGCUCGGCCCUAGCGAGACCACGGCUGGAGUGCGGUGUCCGGUCCUGGGCUCCUCGGUACUAAAGGGACAAGGACCUACUGGAGAGGGUCCAGCGGAGGUGCCAAAGACGAUGAGGGGUCUGGACCAUCUCUCAUAUGAGGAGAGAAUGCGUGAGCUGGGCUUGUUUAGUCUACAGAAGACUGAGAGGUGAUUCAUUAAUGCAUAUAAAUAUCUCAAAGGUGGGUGCCGAGAGGACAGUGCCGGACUUUCCGGUGGUGCCCAGUGACAGGACAAGAAGCAAUGGCCAUAAACUUAAACACAAACUAACACACAAGAAGUUUCGCCUCAACAUGAGGAAGAACUUCCUUACGCUGAGGGUGGCAGAGAACUGGAACAGGCUGCCCAGGGAGCAGCCUGUCUGGAGACAUUCAAGACCCACCUGGACGAGUUCCUGUGCCACCUGCUCCGGUGACCCUGCCUUGGCAAGGGGGUUGGACUAAAUGAUCUCCACAGGUCCCUUCCAACCCCGAAAAUUCCGUGAUUCUGUGACCCGCGGGCUCCCAUCCCUUGCUCAGAGGGAGAAGCCGGGAACGCUCCUGCGCGGGCUCUGCUUUCCGGGGGAAGCGGCGGGACGGACACGGGUCACCGGCGGUUAUGGAGCGGCGGGAGCGGGAGGCGCUGGAGCUGGAGCGGCGGGAGCAGCAGGCCAUGGAGCGGCGGGAGCAGCCGGCGGUGGCGGUGGAGCGGCUGGACGGGGUGACGCGGGAGCGGUUCCUGCGGGACAUCUACCCGCGGAGAAAGCCAGUAGUUCUGACAGGAAUGGAACUGGGCCCUUGCACAACCAAAUGGACAGUAGAUUACUUGAGCCAAGCUGAAGGAUCUAAAGAAGUAAAGAUUCAUGUUUCCACAGUGCCACAGAUGGAUUUCCUCAGUAAGAACUUUGUGUAUAGAACUCUGCCUUUUGAUGUAUUUGUACGAAGAGCAGCUGAAGUCAACCACCAGGAGUACUUUCUUUCUGAGGAUGAAAAGUACUAUUUGCGAUCAGUGGGUGAAGAUGCUAGGAAGGACAUUGCAGAUAUCAGGAAGCAGUUUCCUGUUUUGGCAAAAGAUGUUCAAAUUCCAGAGUAUUUUGAGAAGGAACAGUUCUUCUCUAGUGUCUUCCGCAUCAGCUCAGCUGGAUUACAGUUAUGGACACAUUAUGAUGUAAUGGAUAACUUCUUAAUCCAAGUCACAGGGAAAAAACGAGUUGUUUUGUACAGUCCUCGAGAUGCACCAUAUUUAUAUUUAUCAGGUACUAAAUCAGAGGUGCUGGAUGUGGAUAACCCAGACAUGGAGAAAUAUCCCCUUUUUGUGAAAGCCAAGCGCUAUCAAUGUCUUCUGGAAGCUGGAGAUGUGUUAUUUAUUCCAGCUCUGGCACUGUGGGGCGUGUGAUCUGGUGAGGAUUUUGGAUGGUAGAGUUACUGGACCUUCUAGAAAUUUCUAAUCCUCUCUGGGGAAUGGAAAGACAAGUCCUUAUCACUUUUCUGAACAAGCAGAAAACAGAAAGCUCCUUCCUGGGCUGAGAUGACAAAUUCUGGUAAUCAGGGAAAAGCAUUUGAAUUACUCCUAUUGAACUACUCCUACUUGUUUCUGAUUUUAUUUUAACUCUUCAUGAGAUUGCGGCAGAUACUUACUCUGUCACUUUUAUAUUAUCUGGGCAAUGUAAACAGGUCAGUAAACAAAAAGGCAGUAGGUUUUUAGGAAGUUAUUCUAAAAUAGUUUCUUAGCCUCGGACUUGUUACUUAAUUUUGAACUUACCAUUUGUUUCUCUUCCUAAAGAAACUUUUGGUUACACUUAGAUAAUGGUGUGUCACACUGUUGCUGUGUUAGCAGGUUCAGAAGAGGGGCUGCUCCUGACUUCUCCAUAAUAACCACACACUUUUCUCAAAAAGCAUCUUUUUUGAGUGAUACGCAUUCCAGGUUGCUGACAAAGUCUUACCUUCAUCCCACACAUGCUUAUCAUUUGCUUACCUUUGAGUAUCUCUAUACUUCAGCAAGUGUUGCUUUCAUGUGAAGUUAUGGAUUGACGUAAACAUCUUGAGGAACUUCUUAACUUUGGUACAAUGCAAUAUAUUCAGGGAUGAAUAUUAAUAAAUAAACAAAAAAUAUGGUAGUUGAGGCUCUUCCUCAACUAGGUUUAGUUUGGGCAAUUCUGACACUUGUUAUGAGUCACAUGGAAGUUUUGGAUAGUAAUUUUUAUUUUAGACAUUCUUCU